AUGCUGCAGGAAGCCGAAGCCUACAUUGAGGCAGCCGAAUUUCGUUCUCUUACAAAAGCAAAGGUACCGGCCAACGGGGCUGAGAAGAAACAAUCUACUCAGCAAGACUCAGUUGGAAAAAAAAAAGAAGGAAAUAAAAGGAAAGAAGUCUGGAUGGCCGACGACCAACAACAGAAAUCACAGAAAGUCAAGACGUACGAGCCUCAGUAUGAGUUCAACAAGGAUUGUUACUCCAUCCUGAUGGAAAUCAAAGAUAAGUUCGAGUUUGAAAAGCCCCAGCUGUUAAGAGGCUCGGCUCAGUACAGAAACAAAAACAAAUACUGCCACUACCACAAGGAUGUGGGGUAUUACACAAACGAUUGCAUCAAUCUGAAGAGACUAUUGGACAAGCUAGCCGAGAAGGGCAUAUUGAAUUCCUAUGUGACGAAGUCCAAGUUCACCUAUACACGGACAGACAACACGUUCGAGAAGAAGAAGAAAAAUGAUAAAGAAGAUGAUGGGAACAAUACCGAUUUGGGCUUUGUGGCCGUGAUAUCAGGGGGAUUCGCCUCAGGCGGCCCCACCAUGAAGGGUAUUAAGCAGAACGCCUGGAACUUAGGAAAGGUGAUGCAGGCGUACGCUGUGAAGAAAGAACCUUUCCCUGAGGUAACCGUGUCCGAAGCUGACCGGGGGGAGGUCAAAGCCUUGCACAAUGACCCUAUGGUGUUUAUCAUGAAGAUAAACAAUUUAAAGGUGGGACGAAUACUGAUAGAUACGGGUAGCUCAUCCGAUAUCAUCAGCCUGGCCGCCCUGAAGAAUUUGAAGUUACCAGAAGAUGCUUUGAAAGACAUCACUCACCCCUUGCUGGGAUUUGGGGAAAACAUCAUUCACCUAGUCGGACAUAUAGAUCUGCAGUUCGAUUCGGGCAAAAAGGAGAAAGGAGGGACAUGGUCGUUCGAUUCUUGGUGGUGA